CGGUGAUCUCCCUCAAGUCAGUGACCUCCGAGUCGGCCUUCCUUCUCAUGCCAUGCAGCUCACCCGCUUGCCGCAGAAUGUCUUGGAUGUUGGAACUGGUACCGGCAUAUGGGCUAUGGACUUCGCCGACCAAUUCCCCUCGGCGGAGGUAGUCGGCACAGACAUCUCCCCAAUUCAGCCCGCCUGGGUACCCCCCAACUGCAAAUUCGAGAUCGACGACGCGCAGAUGCCAUGGACCUGGCGCGUCAACCACUUCGACUUCGUGCACAUCCGGAACCUGCACGGUAGCAUCAGCGACUGGCCGGCGCUCUACGCGCAAUGCUUUCGGCACACCAAACCCGGCGGUUUGAUCGAGGAGCUCGAGUUCGACAUCGCUACGAAGUCCGACAAGGUCGGCCCUGAUCACGUCUUCGUCCAGUGGAAUAAUCUAUUCGCUGAGUGCGGCGAGAAAAUGGGCAGAACCUUCAAGGUCGCGGCCCAGAUGAAGCAGCAAAUCAUCGACGCAGGCUUCGUGGAUGUUGUGGAGAAGAAGUGGAAGGUUCCGAUCGGUGGGUGGACCUCGGAUCCGAAGCUGAAGCUCGUUGGUCAGUAUACGCUACUGUUCUUGGAUCAGUCGCUCGAGGGGUUUGCACUGUACAUGCUGAAAGAAAUUAUGGGCUGGAAGUACGAUGGGAUUCAGGUGCUGGUGGCGAAGAUGAGACAAGCGCUGAGAGACUGGAGGCUAUAUCCAUACUACGAGAUUACAUUAGUUUACGGUCGUAAGCCUGAGGGAAGUUAAACCCUGAUAUAGCUCCGUUCUAUAUAUUUAUGACUCCCAAAUCGCCCAGCGUUGUCAUUUCCUAGCAGCAGGGAACAGAGAACGGUACGACGACGGAUCCUCUUAACAAAAAUAUAACUUAGAAA